AUGAGAGUCCCCUCGUCCGAUUUCAAUUUCUCUUUCUCUCCGGGCCCCUCGCCCGAAAGAACAUUCACCCCUUCACCUUCCCAAAGCAGCAGCCUCUUCGGGUCCAGAUCCGAUGCCUCGACGCCCUCAUCUGUUCCAUCUGGAUCAUCCUCGCCAGCUUCUAAUUUUCACAGUCAAGCACCUCCUGGCGGCAUCUUUGGUGAACCAUUUCCUAGUAGCACGAGAACCUUCACCUCCGCGCCGAGUAGCAAUAUCUUCGGGUCCAGCCCUAACGCCCGAACAUCUGCAUCGGUCUCGGCUACAUCGCCGCCACCGGGCUUCUCUGAGAGUACUACUAGCCAAGCUGCUUCUGGUAGCAACUUUGAUGGCCCGCAUACUACCGGUGGGAGAAUCUUCGCCCCUUCACCCUCCCAAAGAAGCAGUCUCUUUGGGUCCAGCGCCAAUGCCCGAUCAUCCUCUACCGUCCCAGGAAGAUCGUCGUCAUUCGGUCCUCCUGACAAUUCUGGUCAGAAUCCAGUUACUGGCACCUUUGGAAGACCACAGACGAGCGGAAUAAAAAUCCCCAGCCCUUCACCGCACCUGAACAGCGUCUUCCUGGGAACCAGACCAGAUGUGAGACUGCACACAACUGCCUCGAACAGAGUCAGAUCAUCCACGCCGGCUUCCUCUAACAAUACUAGCCAAACGGAAUCCGGUAGUAUCUUUGGUGGAUCAUCCAGUUCCGGCACGAUACUCUUCACUCCUCCAGUUGCCCCAAGCUGCAGCAUCUUCGGUUCCAGCUUCACUGCCCAAAAUUCAUCCCAUUCUCCUGAGCAGCAUAGUCAAGCUGCAUCUUCUAGCAUCUUCGGUACGCCCCAAGCGAGCGGAACGAGAUACUUCACGCCCCCGCCUCCGCUGAGCAGGAGUCCAAAUGUCGGAACGUCCACAACUGUCCCAGCUAGAACAGACACACCAGGUUCCAGUCAGACUGCAUCCGGUAGUAUCUUUGAUGGGCCAGCCAGCACCGAAACAAGGUUUUUCACGCCUCAACCGAGCAGAAGUCCCGAUGUCAAAACGUCCUACUUGAACCGGACCAGAUCGUCAUCACCGGGCCCUUCUCACCAUGACUAUCAAGCUCAACGCACUUCCCUCUUUAGUGGACCACCUAGUAGUGGUAAAACCUCCUUGAGCUCUGGUCUCUUCACGGGCGCAGGUCCCUCGGAGCCUAGUAUAGCUUCUCGGACUCCGAAUCCGCGACUCAGCGUUCUGCCAAGUCGUAACAUGCCACGAGAUGCGCCAGCCUUACCCUUUCACACUGCUAUACAUACAGAACCAUCUAGCUCCAGGCUACAAGAAGGAGGCCUUGGUGCAGAAACAGGUAGUGUGAACGGACAUUCUACAAGCCAAGCAACAAAUCAGGCCCGAGAUACAGAUUCUCCGAUUAUAUCGCCCGUGGACGAAGUUGUGCAGGGUUCGAAUACGAUUGAAGAUGAUCUCUUCUCUCCGGACCCUAUCGAUGAUCAAAACUUCCAGAUGAAUUUCACUGCUGUCCAGGUACAGAUCCAAGAGCUUUCGCGGGUGAUUUCUGAGUGUCCAUUGUCCCAAGACCCAAAGUCUAGGUUACAUGAAAUUCACCUCAAUGCGAAAGAGCUCAGUGAGUACAAGGAUCAGGAAACACGCAUUGUUGGAUUCAUUGGUGAAACCGGAGCUGGCAAAAGCUCCGUCAUCAACUCUAUACUCAACCAGAGAGGCCUCGCACGCUCGAGUGGUUCUGGGAGUGCAUGUACUUCUGUCCCCAUGGAGUAUCGAUAUAUCGAUGAAAAGCAUCCACGCGCCUAUACCAUAGAAGCUGAGUUCAUGGACGAGAACGAAGUCAAUAGUCUCCUCGAAGAGCUUCUGCGAAGCAUUCGACGAGCUUCAAUUCCGACUGACCGGAAUAUUGUCGCGGGGAAGACUGGGCAGAAUUUGACAAUUGAGUUUUUCUCCCGGCCCGGAGCGGAAGCGGAAAUUGAGAUUCUACAAGAAUUGAAAGCUCAGGCUUUGGAUCGAUUGACAUUCCGGCCUGGAGGAUCGAGCUCACUACAAUAUACUGUCGUCGCAGAUGACUUGGAGGGCUGUAAAGAUACACUAGACAGUUUGACAGAUAACCCCGAGGACAGCAAUACCCCUGCCCUGUGGCCUUUCAUCAAGUUGAUCAGGGUAUUCCUCGAGCUGCCUGUGCUGAAGAAUGGGCUGGUGCUUGCGGACCUACCAGGAUUACACGAUAUGAACUAUGCGAGGGAAGUCUCACCGGGAGAGUCUGCUCGUGGCAGUGGUCCUCUUGUUAAGCGCAUGAAGAGUAUGAACGCGGACAUCGAUAAGCUGGAGAGCAAGUUCAGGCAUAUCGGGCGCCAAACGCAGGAAGCACAGGGCCAGAGAAUGGCAGAUCGUGCUCUUCUAGAUUCUUUGGAAGACAGGAUACAACAGCUUCACUACGAGCGACGAGCCCUUCUUAUGAACCAACGAAACGACUCAACAAAGAGAGACCUUGUAAAGGCAAUCAACAAUAACCAAGAGAAUAAAGUGAAAGAUAUCAAAAUAUUCUGCGUUGGCAAUGAGCUUUAUGGAAAUCCGCCGCACAGAUUGGCAGAGGAAUACAGGAAUCUCAGCGGAGUUCGAGAGCUUCGUUCGUAUUGCCGGUCUGUCCCAGCAGAGGGAAGGAUGGAUUCCGCUUUGGUUUUCAUCGAGGAGCAAGUACCUGCUCUGCUAGAUUCAAUUCGCCAGUGGACUCUGACAGGUCGUGAUUCUGUGACACCCGCAAGAGCCCCUGAGCUCCGAAGCGCAUUGGAACAAGUAGAGCAAAUACUACGCCAGAGCUUUACUUCGAGCGGGGGGCACCUCGCUCUCAUGCAGAGUGAAUUGCACUCUCAAUUUGAUACUCAAGUCAUGCAUCAGCUUCGUGAGCUCAUUUCAAUUAUUGCUAUCUAG